AUGUCCACAUCUAACACUCUUCCAAUAGGAGAAACGGUUCAUAAUUAUGAAACCCAAUUGAAGGAACUACUUAGUGCUCAGUAUGUUGACCAGUCCAUACUCUUGGGAUUGAUAAAUCUCAUGCAAUCCAAAUUAAUAUUAGAGAUACUCAAUCUUGUUAAAGUUGAAGAAUUGACAGAAGCACACAUUGACGAAACUAUAACGCAAGUCACUUCUAUGUGGAACAAACUUCAAUAUAAAGUAGUGAAUUUUUUCAAGCUUCAGCACAAAAUCUUGUUCGUUGAAGUUUCGGAGCAAAUGUUGAAGAGCAAAAAAUCCAAUCAGGACGAAAAUAGUAAAGUCAAAUUGAACUCAGUAGAGAUGAGGAAACUCAACGACAACUAUUUAAAGUUCAAUUCCCAAGUUAAUCAUUUCUACUACAAGGUGAUGAAUUUCUUCGUUGCAAAUUUUAAAUUGAGUAAGCUCCCUCCCAAAUUGAUCGCACAGUUUGCAAGGAAACUGGAAGUGGAAUUGGAGGAACCUGAACCGAAAUUAGUAUCCCUGCCAGUCCAAUGGAAAAUAGUCAUAAUAUUGCAUCAAUGUCUCUUGAGUUUGGGAAAUUUAUCUCGAACAAGAACAUUUAUCGAGUUAAACUACCUCAAACCAAGUCUAUCAGUGAGGAGCUAUUAUGCUCAUCAGAAAGAUACUGCUAAAAAGGCAAAACGUUUAGAAGCAUAUUCCAAGGCGUUUGAAUACUAUAAGAUUUGUAUAUUACUUGAUCCCAAUUUGAAUGAGCCUUAUAAUCACAUUGGUAUGAUUUACAAUUCAAACGAUGACUACUAUAAUGCCUGCUAUUGGUUCGUUAGGUCACAAUCUACGUUUAAAACUACAUUCCAAGUUGGAUUGAACAAUUUGCAACUGGUUAUGAAGAAAGAUGAAUUUAAAUCAGCCGUGAUUAGUCGUAGAGAUGAUAUUGAUGUUGCUUUCAUGUGCCUCAUUGGUUACUACUACCUUCCCGAAAUAUACAGUGAAAAAUCGAAUCCUAGAAACGUUACAAAAUCCUUGAGAUAUGCUGACCUUGAGUUGAGAUUCUGGUUGUUGAUCGAGAAAUUGGAUUUAAGUAAAAUCUUCAAUACGACUAAUGCUACUGAUAAUAUUAUCAUCAAGCAGUUGGUUUUAUUAAUCAGUUUCAAGAAGUUAAUUAAUAAAGAUGCAUACGAUAAUUUUAUUAUCAGAUACCUUAGUAAAGUAAUGACCAUGUUAGAAAGAGAAACGAACUCCGAUGAAUCAGUGAAGCAAUGCACUCUUGUAUGCUUGCGAUUCAUAUUCUCAAUAUUCAGAGAGAUUAAAGAAUUAAGAAAUAAAACAGAUAUGAGAUCAAUCCAAUCCCUUGUUAAUAAACUAUUACAAGAACAACCAAAAUUUGAUUUGAGCAAUAAACCAACCAGGGCAAUUUUAUUUGAAGAAGACAUUAACUUUAAAGGUUUGUCAAUCAAAGAAUAUAGUAAGAAGAGAGACUUGAAAGAUAUAGAUUCAUAUGCCUUCAACGAUUUCCAAGAUACUGAAUUAUUGAAGACUGAAAAUAAAGGUGUAUUAUAUGGAUAUUUUUCGGAUUCCAUUAAUGGAGCUGGAAUUCCUGACUUCAUUGAAGAUACACCCGACCUGCUGGAUAAUGACGAUACAAUUGAUAAAAAGGUGAUUCAGUACGAAAAUAACUUAAGAGAGAGAUCCUUAAUCAUUCUAGGAAAGAAGUUAUUGGACAUAUCUAAACACUUCAAAUUUGAUGCUGAUGAAAACAAAUUCACUAUAGUUACGACCACUAAAAUCAAAGACGAGCAGAUUCCUCAAAAGAGAUCUGACAACAGAAAAGUUGAAAGCAAAACCAAGCUAUUAAAUUCAGAAAAGAAGGGACUGAAAUCACUGCAGCAUCUUAAGGCUAAGGAAAACAGUUCUUUGGAGAAUAAUCAAAACAAAAUGAACAGCAGAAGUAAGGGUGAAAAUAAGAACAUCAGAGAUAAUAGUGCACAUGAUGAUACUAACACCCAAGCUACCAAACAAAUUAAUGAUCUUCUUGGUAGUGUGGAUAGAAAAUCAGGCAGCCCUGACUUCAAGUCCAAAAUUAUGACAAUGUCAGAGCUUGAAGAGUUGGUAAGCAAAAGUGGGAAAACGAACUCAGUUUCUAGAAGCAAAUCCAGUUCGGGAUCGAAUGACAAAAAGGACGUUUCUCCGACCGGUAUUCCAGAUUCUCUUGAAGAAAUAGAGUCAUUCAUUUUAAAGCAUACAAGUGUAUUACACAGGGUGACCAAUUCGGAUGAAAGUGCAAAUAAGCAAGAACAUUAUCAGGACAGUAAACAAGAAAGUCAUAAUGAAAAGACUUUCGAAAAGGUCCACAAUGUAAAGCUUGGAGAUCCAUCACAAAAAGCUUCAGAGCCAAUAAAUAAUGUUGAGAGGGACGAAGGUUUACAAACAAUGGUAAACUCAUUGGUUUUAGAAAAUACUUCACCACAGAAGCGAGACCAAGUUACAGGUAAUGCUCCCCAGUUUCAUCAAGGCUCAAUGCCUGUAUCAAGUGUUCCAUUUCAGCAACAGCAGCAACAGCAUCAACAGCCGCAGCAACAAUUACCAAUGCAAUAUCCGCAAUACACUCAAGGGUUUGGUCAGCAACUUCCAUUUAACUAUGGACCAGUUCCAAAUGGUAUGAAUUCAUAUGCGCCUCAACCUCUCAUUCAACCAUUUCAAGGGUAUCCUAUGUAUGGAAGUAACAACCAAUUCGCUGCACCUCCAAUGUUUGGUAAUGGUAGUGCUCAUCACAUGCCCCAACCACCAGUUCAACAACCAAUGCAUCCUCUAGUUCAGCAGCCAGUGCCUCACACGCAGCAUUUGGUGCAACAGCCAUUUCAACAACCGAUACAGCAGCAUCAGUUCCAGCAGCAAAUUCAGCAACAACAACCGCUACCCCAGCCAUUGCAUCAACAGCAGCCAAUGCAUCAACCAGUCCCACCAAUCGCACCAACUACUGCGAAACCUUCCACCGGAUUCUCCAAACAAUAUUACUAUAAUGUUCAGAAAACUGGAUAUCAAUAA